CCUGGCUUCAUGUGCGUACCUUUCCCGUCUGCUCUGCUCUCUCUCACUCAGAUGGGAGCGACAAAAACACAGACGCCCACCUAUCACUGCCUCCACUCACUUUCUAUCACAGCUACUCAAGAUGGCGGCAGCUUCCUCCAUCCAGCCGCCGACCGUUCACUCUUUGAACCAGGAAAGUGCACAUUUCCCGGAUUCUGACAGCCCGGAGAGCCGGCAGGAUGAGGACGCAGCAUCCAAGGGGACCAGUCUCAGAGACUUACCCGAUUUGGAACCGGAGGAAAUUGAGAAGAGGCUAGAGAGAACUCGCCGCGAGCUGAGCAACAGGAGGAAAAUCCUAAUUAAAAACCUUCCACAAGAUUCAACCAACCAGGAGGUCCAUGAGAUUCUGAGAGAAUACGAGCUCAAGUAUUGCUUUGUGGACCGAAACAAAGGGACAGCAUUUGUGACCCUGCUGAACGGUGACCAGGCUCAGGAUGCCAUCCGCUCCCUCCACCAGAGCAUCGUGCGCAGCCGGGACAUCACGGUGCAGCUCCAGCCCACAGACAGUCUGCUCUGCCUCACCAACCUGCCCCACACCUUUACUGCCCAGCAGCUGGAGGACCUAGUCCGUUCCUACGGAAACAUCGAGCGCUGCUUCCUGGUCUACAGCGAGCUCACCGGACACUCCAAGGGCUACGGCUUCGUGGAAUACAUGAAGAAGGACUCAGCGUCGCGGGCGCGGUCGGAGCUGCUGGGGCGACCAGAGGGGGGCCGUGCGGUCAUGGUCCAAUGGACAGAUGUGAACCAGUUGACUGCGGGUCACCACCUCCACUCUAAGUGCCUCUGUGUGGACCGGCUGCCCCAGGAGUACGACUCAGAAGAGCUGACCCUCCUGUUCUCAGACAGAUACAAGCCUGUCUUCUGCCAGCUAGCCCAGGAUGAGGGCAGCCCGGUGCGAGGGUUCGGGGUGGUGGAGUAUGAGAGUGCAGAGCAGGCGGAGGCUAUACUGAUAGAGAUGGACAGAACACUGGUGGGAGGACAGGAGAUCUGUCUCUCUCUCUGCACCCCCGGAACCUCAGGCAGGAGCACAUUGGCAGCGCUCAUCGCUGCUCAGGGUGUGAUGUUGAGUAAUAAGAAGGGCUUACUGCCGGAGCCCAACUUGGCCCAACUGCUGAACAGCAUGACCAACCCAGCAGCCCUACAGGUCCUCAUGAGGCCUUACCACACUGGCAAACGAGGAGGGAAGUUUGGGCGGCCCCCUAGCCUGUCUCCAUUCCUCAGACCCCCCCUCACAGCAGCCCUGUUCCAACUGGGGAAGGUACAGCAGAGGUCCAUGUUGGGGAACGGUCUGGUUCUUCAGAAUCUAUUGCACAUGCAGUUGGCCCAGCAGCAGCUCCUGCACAUCAAAGACAAGCACAUGAGCAAUGUAUCUAGUCUGUUGGGUGACCCCUCUCGUCUACUCCUACAGAAAGUCCUUGGUCUCAGACCUCCAGCCACAAUGGCCCUGGGAAAGGGUCUGCUGGGUGACUCCCCCACUGAGUUGGGUCAGGAGUCCCUGCCAAUGUCCAGUCAGGCCUCAGUGUCGGCAGCGGGCAUGAUGCCCUACCUGCAGGUGCAGGCACACCUGGGAACAGCCGGGGGAGGGGAACAGAACGGGGCCUGCAUCUACACCACAGCCUCUGACAGGCAACCAGCCCCUCCUGGAACCACGGCUCCCAGCAGUCAGUUCUCUCUCCUGGGUGAACCCCCUAAAGAGAUGAAGCUACCCUCCAAUCCAUACCUGAAUCUAGCUAGUGUGUUACCUGGCAUGGUGCUGCAAGCCCCGGUGGCCUGUAAAGCGCAGACAGGGCAGCCUCUAGUUGGGGUGUACAGCAGUGCUAUGCCCCCUGUCUCCCAACCCACCACUUCCCAAACCCCAGCACCCUACAGCACCGAUACCUCUGCAGACUACAGUCACUAUAGCCAGGCAUACUCACAGGAGGCUAUGCAGCAGUGGUACCAGCACUACCAAGCCCAGAGCUACAGCACCGCCCCCCAGGAGAGCCAAGCUAAGGACUAUAGCAAGGAGCACACACAGCAGGCUGUGGCGGCGGUGCCGUCCUAUGGGGAUUACAGCUCCUACAUGCAGGCUGUCAGUCAGUACUAUUGUCAGCCUCCUAUGACCCAGCCACCUCCCCAGGUCUACCAACACAGAGACCCAACCAAGGAGGCUGAUGUGUGUAAGUCGCUGGGUGUGUCUCUCCAUGCGGUCAGUAACGGUGCCCAGUCGGUGCUGCCCACCGCGGUCCUGCCAGCCUACAGCCCCAUGCCUAUGAUGUCAGGCUUCAUGGCCGCGCCACCUCACGCCACACACCCACCCAGCUCCACCACACACAUCCAGAGUGCCCACACCCAAGCCACCAAUGAAUGGAACCAGUACUACUACAAUCAGACGACUCGGGGGCAGAAGCGGGAGUACCCUCACUUGGCGGUGCACAAUAUGACAUCAGAGGGGGCGUACGUGGGGCAGCACUCCCAGGGGCUGGGGGGUCAGUACGCUGACUACUUCAAGAAGAAGAGGAUCUAGAGAUGACCUCUGACCUCCCUCUCUCUGAACCCCUGCACCCUAUCUCCUAAACCAUACAGUACAUACACAGUCUCAGCUUUAGUGUUCUAUGAUGUUGGUAUAUACACACACACACACACACACACACACACACACACACACACACACACACACACACACACACACACACACACACACACACACACACACACACACACACACACACACACACACACUAUGUUGCUUUUGUCCUGUUCAAGCCUUAACUCUUAACUCAGUUGGUGUAAAUGUUUCGUUGACUAAUAAUCUCUGUACAUUGUUUCUAAUGUAUGUGAGCUGCUUCUGUAUUUUAGGGUCAGUCAUUCUGCCAGUCAGUCGGUCUGCCUUGUUGAAGGCCAGUCAGUGUGUAGUCAGGUUUCUCUCUCUCUCUGUUUCUAUCACUCAGUUUCUAAUCUCUCUGUGCGCUUUUCUACAAACGGGGGAAACUGGCCAGUGUUGCAGACAGAGUUGAUUUGAUGACUCACUGUAACUGACGUGUUUUUCUCUUCCUCAGUGUCUUUCUCUUUUUCUGAUCACCUAAGCUCUCCUUUUAUCUCUCUCUUUGUGGAGACCUUGAUGUAGUGUGUGUGUGUGUGUGUGUGUGUGUGUGUG